GAUAUAAACGAUCGUUCAAAUGCAUUUGUCAUAUUUUUUGGAGCUUAAUAGACAUAGCUUUCUCUUUCAAAGGAAAACUAGUUUCUCUUUGGAAAAUUAUGCUAAUUGUUUAAUCUUCUUAGCUCCAGUGGCACCAGUUGCAUUGAAAAUGACUAAUGUAGAAAUCUCUGAUUUCACGGCUGAAAUUGAUCUGUGGCCUGCUGAGCAAAGGAAUGGUCCAAUAAGUGCUUAUCAAAUAAUCAUUCUUAAAGUCACUGAUUGUGUUCAAGAGCUUCCCAGGGAUUUUGAUGUGAAGCUGAAAGAUUCCAACGACAAAGAGUUGAACUUUUAUCCUUUUUACAUCGCUGCGGAAAUCGAAAAUGGGUCUGUGCGUGAUAAAUCUUGGAAAUUUGCUGUUGGUGAUGGGAAAUCGUAUGGAACUUUUACAAACAAAGAGCUGAGGCGAGGAGAAAACUACAUUGCCUACCAAAGAGCCAUAACUCGACACAACGGUGUAAGCAAAUUUUGGUAUUGUUUAAUUCCUCUUUAAUUUAGAGUCGAUAAUCUAAACGUAAUAUACAACUUAUGAAGAAUGACAUUUGGACCAAAUCAUGUUUUUAUGUACGCUCAUACUUGCUAUUGGGACUAAAUCCCUUUUCAUUACAUCGAUGAAUUGCUAGAUGUGUUUUUCACAUUUUGACGAUAUGUGGUUCACUUCCUAGGAAAUUUUGGAAGGAGGUGCCAGUAAAGUCGCCUUUAUAGCUGUCACA